GUCCCACCACCAGCACGUCGCGUCGCCUCACCUCACCUCUCGCCUCUCACCUCGCCUCACCUUGCCUCUACACACCUAUCUCAGACCAAACGAAGCAAAGUUCAAUGUCUCCAGCCAUAGAUUGGAAGAACGAGACCUCAGAUUCAGCCGCCUUUCACAUGAUUUGUUUUCGAGUUCGGAGGGGUUAACCAAACCUCCCCGCGUCACCAGCUUCAUACACGACCCGCAUCUCUCCCAGCAAGCCCCGAAAAUCAAAAUCAUGGAGCAGGCCACAGAGCAGCACUUCUUCCAUCACGGAAAGGGAGACCGAGAAGAUGAAGAGUCCAACUGUCACUGGUGCCAGAUCCGCUCUUUUCCCACUCACCAAACCAACCCAAUCACCGUCGUCAAUGAGGUUGACUCCCGGACCAUCCCAGACAGUUUCCGGUUCAUUGACAACAAUGCCCUUGGUCAAGGCGUCAAACCCGCCGAAGUUAGUUUCCGCAGCGGCUGUGCCUGCAGCCAUGAUAGCGACUGCCAGUAUACAGGCUGCCUCUGCCUUGCCGACCUUGAAGACGAUUAUUAUGAAGACGACGGAAUGGAUGUAGACGAGUCGAACCUGUCCAAAAAGGCAUACGCCUACCACGCCCGUGGCUCAAAGGCUGGCCUAUUGCGCUCCCAGUUCCACAACUCAAAGGUGCCCAUCUACGAAUGCCACCAGGGCUGUGCCUGCAGCAUCGACUGUCCCAACCGCGUUGUAGAGCGCGGCCGUAAUAUCCCGCUCCAGAUCUUCCGAACCACCGAUCGAGGAUGGGGCGUGCGGUGUCCCGUCCCUAUUAAAAAAGGACAGUUUGUCGACCGAUACGUCGGCGAGAUCAUCACCUCCACCGAGGCAGACCGUCGCCGCUCCGCCUCGGCGAUUUCUGAGAGGAAAGACGUCUACCUCUUUGCUCUCGACAAGUUCACCGACCCCGAUUCCCUCGAUCCUCGUCUGAAAGGGCCACCUUUGGAAGUUGACGGCGAAUUUAUGUCCGGCCCAACUCGCUUUAUUAAUCACUCUUGUGACCCAAACAUGCGCAUCUUUGCGCGCGUAGGCGACCACGCUGAUAAGCACAUCCACGACCUGGCCUUGUUUGCCAUCAAGGAGAUCCCCAAGGGCGAGGAGCUGACGUUUGACUAUGUAGAUGGUGUUGCCUAUGAGGGCGAGGAGCCGGAGGGUCGUGUAGACCACAUGACGAGGUGUUUGUGUGGUAGCAAAAAGUGUAGAAAGUUUCUUUGGUGAUCUUCCUGUUGUCAUUUCGUCCUGCCGUCUCCUGACUUGGCAAACCGUCACCAAUGAACCAGUCGUGACUGUGUACUUAUCUCACCGGACCGAUCCGACCACAGUUAAACACUUACCUGCCAGGAACCCUUUGUGUCACAUUACAGCGCCAUUGUUCAGCUCUGGAGCUACACAGAGUCUACAGAUCUAGGUUGCUCUAAGACACUGUUUCUUUGCCUCUUUGUUCUUCUUCGUUAGCAGAGCGCCACUGAAGAAACCAAACAUGAUGUCGAUAUCUCUGAUUAAGUAUAAGGUGCGGUCAAUCCAUGGGCACACUCAUUACAUCCAUCCUACUUGCCUCUUUUUCUACCCAUUUUUUGCACCACUUGAC